GUGGAAAGUGAACCUCAGCCUCUGGGAAGUGGGAGACGAAGGAGGGGGCCGCGGUCAGUGCCGGCCGGCUUCAGGCGUCCCCUAGACCAGGGUGGUCAUCCCCAGCUGUGGGGACAUUGUACAAGAAAGGGUUGUAGGAGGACUGCGAGGCGAAAGGGUCACCUCGGUGAAUAACGACAACAGGCUUAGGACUCAGGGAAAGAAACCCCCGGGAGAGGAAGUUAAGGACAGUUAAGACUUUGGCAGCCUUCAAGAUGGAGAGCCCGUAUACCCUCUUACCUCUAGAUUCUAAAAGCAAAUUAAGGGGCGUUGAAUGGACUGGUUUUAAAGUACAGAAUGUGACAGUUCCCGAUUUCCUUAGUUCUUUGAUUCUCAAACCUUAUAAUACAUACAAAUCACUGAGGAGCCCGUUAAAGGUGCAUAUUCUGGGGCUCCCUGUACUUCUCUCCACCUCCCAAUUCAGAUUCCCCAGAUGUCUGCCACAGAGCCUGUCAAGCUGCAGUUAAGCUGCUGCGCUGUGCUUUCUGACAUUUUGGAGACCCACAUUUUGGGAACACCCCCGGGGUUUCAGGCGCUGCCUGGGUCUCUGGAGAAAACUUCUCCCUUGGGCUUCUUUGGCUUCUUAGGCUUCUUAGGAUUGUCCUCACAAAGAAGUUGACCUUGGGCAAUCUACUUAACUUUCCCUGGCUUCCAUUUCUUAUCUAAUGAAAUAAUUAUUACAAUAAAACCUCAGUGGGUAAUUGUGAGGAUGAAAUAUGGUCUUGUAUCUGAAAGCAUAUUGUAGACUUGUGCAAUGUUGACUGUUACUCUUAAGUAGCAGCAGGGCGGUGUGGAAAGCUCCAGGGCUUGGAAUCCACCCAAGCCUUUCUUUCUGUAAAUUUAGUGUAAAUAAUACUAACUUUAAGUGGUUGUUUUGAAGAUUAAUUUAAGAAAACUGAAGUAAAUAGUAAAGUAAAUGUUGGUUCAUUCAUUUAGUCGACAGUAAUAGUAUUUCCAUUUAUUCUUUCUCUAAUUUGAUGUUUAUACAGUGAGCUCAAACUUUUUAUUCAGACUUUCUGAGUGAUCUGUGCAGUCCCUAAUUCAUGGGCUGUUUUCCUCCACGAACUCUGUAAAGUAUUAUUGCUAUUUCUUUUUCACAUAAAGAAACAAAGACUGAAAGAAAAUUUAAAAACUUGGCACAAGGUCACACAAUUAGUAAAUGUUAGGAUCAGAAUAAAACCUAGGUCUGGGUCAGGUGUGGUGGCUGACACCUGUAAUCCCAGCAUUUUGGGAAGCCAAGGUGGGAGGAUCGCUUAAACCCAGGAGUUUGAGGUUGCAGUGAGCUGUGAUUAUGCCACUGCACUCUAGCCUGGGAAACAGAGUGAAAUUCCCUGUUUUUAAAAAAGAAAGAAAGAAAGAAAACCCAUAUCUGGGUAACUUAAAAGCCUAUACUCUUUGCACAUUAUGAAUAUAUAUAUAUUUCCAUUAUUUCCAUCCUUUGGUCACCAAAUCACUUUCAGAGGAGAGCUUUAGGGCCUAUGAUAAAUGCUUAUAUUAUCAGUUUCUGUCAUCAGUUAUUGUCAUUUUUCCAUAUAAAUAAUUUAUUUUUACUGCUUAGGCAGGCGCCUCCAAGGUUUGUCUUGAAGCAUAGCUGCAGUUGGAGGGUACCUUUUAAGUUGUUCAAGGUCAAGAUGAAUACAAACUCAAAGGAGGUUUUAUCCCUGGGUGUUCAAGUUCCCCAGGCAUGGGAAGAACUUCUGACAAUGAAAGUGGAAGCAAAAAGUCACCUCCAAAGGCAGGAAUCCAGACUGAAACGCAAUAAUCCACUGGCAAGGGAAAUCUUCCGAAGGCACUUUCGACAGCUGUGCUACCAAGAGACCCCUGGACCAAGGGAGGCUCUUACCCGACUCCAGGAACUUUGCUACCAGUGGUUGAGGCCACAAGUGAGCACAAAGGAGCAGAUUUUGGAUCUGCUGGUGCUGGAGCAGUUUCUGUCCAUCCUGCCCAAGGAGCUCCAGGACUGGGUGAGGGAACACUGUCCAGAGAGUGGAGAAGAGGCUGUGAUUUUGCUGGAGGAUCUGGAGAGAGAGCUCGAUGAACCACAACACGAGAUGGUAACCCACAGACACAGACAAGAAGUCCUCUCUAAAGAGAUGGUGCCUCUAGCAGAGCAGACACCACUGAGCCUUCAGUCCCAGCCCACAGGUGACUCUGCUCUGAAGUGCCAUUCUGUUGGAGAGACAGACACAUUUUUAUUUUCCAAACCUCUUGUGAUCCCCCAGCUAAAAGGAGGAAGAGAACCACAGCCUAACAACAGAGGAGUCCUAAGAGAUGAAAUAACCAAGACUGAGGACAUACAGUUGGUGCUAAGGAAAGACUGUCCUAAGAUAGUGGAACCACAUGGGAAAAUGUUUAAUGAGCAGACCUGGGAGCUAUCACAGCAGGAUCCCCCACAUAGAGAAGUUGGUGAACAUACGGACAGGAUAGAGAGGCAGUGGGGAAACCUCUUAGGAGAGGGGCAACACAAAUGUGAUGAAUGUGGGAAGAGCUUUACUCAGAGCUCAGGUCUCAUUCGACAUCAAAGAAUUCACACUGGAGAAAGACCUUAUGAAUGUAAUGAGUGUGGGAAAGCCUUCAGUCGAAGUUCUGGUCUUUUUAAUCACCGAGGAAUCCACAAUAUACAGAAACGGUAUCACUGUAAGGAGUGUGGGAAGGCCUUCAGUCAGAGUGCAGGUCUUAUCCAGCAUCAGAGAAUCCACAAAGGAGAAAAGCCGUAUCAGUGCAGCCAGUGCAGUAAGAGCUACAGUCGGCGUUCAUUUCUCAUUGAACAUCAGAGAAGCCACACAGGGGAGCGACCUCACCAGUGCAUUGAAUGUGGGAAAAGCUUUAAUCGACACUGCAACCUCAUUCGCCAUCAGAAGAUCCACACACUGGCUGAGCUGGUCUAGGGCUUGCUAUGAGCAAGUUUUCCAGAUCACCAGCCAAGUCAUGUGGGGUAGCUUGAGGUUAGAAAAUGCCUCUCUCUUCCUUUCUCCAUUAAGUGUGUUUGAAACAAAUAAUGACUUACGGCCCAGGGACUUCCUAAAAGGAAAGUUGGGUGUUUGAAGCUACUGUUUUCCCUUUUGUUCGUUUUACCUCUUUCUUAUUCUUACUAAUUGUGUCCCUCUUAUUUAUUAUUUAUUUAUUUAUUUAUUUUUUGAGACGGCUGCUAAACCCUUCUAAUAAUAUAAUAAAUGGCACUGCUAGAGCCAGCAUGCCUGAAAGA